UCGAAGCAGCAUCGUCCUGGGUCCGCUCCGUCGCCUUCACUGCGCAUCUCCUCCCGCCGGCCCCGCCAUGGUCUCGGCUCUGCGCUGCCCGCCGGGCGUCUGGGGGCUCCUGGCGCUGCUGCUGCUGCUGCCCCUGCCUGGGGCUCGCGGCAAUUGUGAUUCUCCUCCACGGUUGAGUUUUGCUCAGCAGCCUGAGGCAGUGAACAAUUCCUAUGCUGUUGGGACCAAACUGAAAUACUCCUGUCGCCCAGGGUACAUGUUGGGCUCUGGAAAGUCUCCUUAUGUUACAUGUCUUGCAAAUUCAACAUGGUCAGUAGACCCUGAGUUUUGUGUAGGAAGACCAUGUAAACAACUAGAACUAGAAAAUGGCAGAGUUCAUUUCAUGGAUCUCCGGUUUGGUGCAACAGCAAACUUCUCCUGUAAUGAAGGGUACAGAUUAAAUGGACCAACUUCUGCCAAAUGUGUGGUUGUGGGAAAUGGAGUUGAUUGGGAUAAGGAGGUUCCACUUUGCGAAGCAAUACCUUGUCUUCCACCUCCUGGUAUCACCCAUGGAUCCCAUACUGGUCAGACUGUACAAGAGUUUUCCUUUGGCUCAGCGGUAACUUACAAAUGUGACCAGGGCUUCUCUCUUAUUGGAGAGGCCUCCAUUCAUUGUACAACAAAAGAUAAUGUCAAUGGACAGUGGAGUGGACCUGCUCCUGAAUGCAAAGUGGUCAAGUGUCCAGAGCCAGAAGUCAAAAAUGGAAAAAAGCAAUCUGGGUAUGGACUCCAUUAUUCAUAUGGAAACACCGUAAUAUUUGAAUGCGAUUCUGGCUACACUCUGAAGGGUAGCAGUUCAGUUAAAUGUGAAGCUAACAAUUCAUGGUUUCCAUCUUUGCCAACCUGUCUACGUUUUCCAUGUAUUGGCAGCGGAUGGCAUCUUCAGGAUCCUCUCCAGGCAGAACACUGGUACCACGAUUGCUAUUGGAAAGAUGCCUGUCAUUCUGGCAGUGCUGAUGACUAACUUGUUCAUCAGACAGUGAACAUAUUGGAAGAAAAUGGAAAAAUUGAGGGAAACCUCAUAUGAUAGCAUUAAACGUCUCUCGUGAUCCCAGAGUCCUCCCACUACAAUUGUAUUCGGGGUUGUGGAUUUUGCUGUUGCGAGCAAGAGCCUUUUGAGAUUUCUAUUUGGAGGUUUCUUAUUAUCCCUUUUAAAAUACAGAUUAAUGAUGCCAAAGAUACUCAUUGAACUGCUGUAGGCUUUUGUUAAUUCAAAUGUAUCCUCUGUUUUUAAUUCAAAUCUCCAGAAUAAUCCGUGUUCCUUUGCUCUCAUGUCCAAAAAACUCCAGAAACAACAAUAACAAAAACAACCCCAAACUAUUCUUACCCCAAGUCUUGUAUUUAGUGUGUCCUCAGUGUGGCAUCCCAGAGUGAAGUGUGCGGAUGUCUGUCUGACUCAGGUGUUCAGAAUCCACACUAUCAAAUUUUUAAGCCAGUAUUGAGAGCCAAAAUAAAUUACCUCAGUUUCCUUAUGAGCACUUUCUGAUAAGUAAGCAAUAAAAUGGUUAUACUUGUGAGCAAAUUCUUCUAUGAUUCCGUGCCUAAAUGAAAUGUCUUUAUUUUUAUAUUUCAGUAGCUGAAAAUAAGUUUGGUAGCAUUUAAAGCAAGCUUAUUCCAUUCAGGAAAUAAUUCUCUGCUCUGAGAAGGUGUGCAUCACCAAAUGCUGUUUUGUCACUAUCACUGAAAACAUAUCAUUUUGUAUUUAUACAAGUUGUACAGAAUUUUACUUGGCAAUCUGCAUAUUUAUCAAAUGAAAAAACUGGAAUUUCUGUGUUGUACUUAAGCCUUUUCUCUGAAUAAAAGGAAUAUUGUAGAAA